UAGCGUCCUUAGAAAUUGCCCAGUGACACUCCCUGGCCCGCUGAUUAUUUUUGGCUUUAAAAAGGGUUUCUUAGACUUCAACAAAGAUGGCAGAAGAAGACCGGGACUGGGUUAUUGAUGGAGUAGUUGGAUUUCUCAGCAGUCCAAUAUGGAGGGUUCCGAUUCUCUCGUUUAUCGAACAAAAAUGCAUAGUAUUCAACCCAGAAGAAGAAAACAAGAUAGCCUACACAGAGAUCUAUGAAGAGUAUGGAGGUUUGGUUGAAAUGCUACUGGAGAGUUUUCUGGAAGAUCUCAACAUGAAUGCUUCUACUUUUGUUGAAGUUUGUAAUGCUUUCAAGACCAAGCAGUCUCAAUCCACUACGACUGUGCUGGAGCAGGUGUUCGCUGCCCAGGACUUCAGUGUCUUCAAGGCCAUGAUGACACAGAAGAACAUAGAGCUGGAGCUUCAGGCCUUGUCCAUGCUCCAGCAACGCAGCGGUCAGAUCCCAAAUAUCAUGAAGCCGGGCGAGAACACACCUGUAGAACAUUCACAAGCACAGGCGGACAGCGAGGAGGAAAGGAUUCUCAAAGAAGUCAUGCAAAAAUCUCAGGAGGAGUAUGAUGAAAUGGUGAAGAUGAAGAAGAAAUCUAGUACUGUCAACAAAGCCAUGGAUAAAUCUCUUGCAUCGGGGAAAGAGGUCGAGCAGCUUAAAAUCCACAAACAAAAGGAAGAGGAAGUCAUGCAAAAGACUUUGAAGUUGGCUAUCUCUGAGGGCCCUACACCAGCACCUGCACCCAGUACAAAAUCAUCAAAACCUCUGUCUGCUAGACUACCCAAGUCACCGGCACCAUCGACCUCCAGCUCUGCAAGCUCUGCAAGUAGCAAGUCAGCCAAGCCAGUGAGCGGUGAGGAGGCAGCAGCAAGCUGGCUACUCAGUGCUAAAGCAGAAGCAGCAGAAUCAAGCAGGGCAGACUCCAGAGUUAGUAAUCUCUCAACGGCGGAUCCCAGUGAUUUAGAGAAGAGAGCCCAGUACUUGAAGCAGCAGCGUGAUAUGUUGAUAGCCAAGAAGAAGAGUGCCAGAGAAAAGAGCCUGGAUGUUUAUGAGCAGAGUCAGUCGGCCCAAGCCAGGCCCAAGUCAUCCCGUGCAGCCAGGCAGGCAACGCAAGGUGACGUCAAAAUGGAUGUGAAGGUUGACGAAAAGAAGUUAGCCAUGAGGAAAGCUCUCGCAGAAUGUCUUAAGAAUGAAGUCAUCGACAAGAAUUAAAAAACAAAACAAAACAAAUAAAUGAUAACGCGUUAUAGUUUUGUCAUAAUUAUUUCACUUUUUUCAAGAAGUGAGAGCAAAUUAGGGCAUAUCCAUCUACAUUUGUGCUAAAUGUAACGCAGCAAGUUAGGUAAAUUGAGUGGCAGCUUUAUAUCUUUAUUAAUCUGUUUUGAUUGGUUGUAUGCAAGUGGAUUAUUAGAUAAAUAAAAAAUUGUUGAUCAUUGUUUGUUAAUGCCUUCAUCUUUCACGGUUCAUAGAAUAAUAGAUUGCAUGAGAUACAGAAUCAUUUCUAUCUAUUAUUUCGUGAUUUAGAAGAAAAAAAAAAUUGUGAAUCUGGUGUGAGAUAAUAAAGAUCCCAAGCAUUAAAUUCAAACUAUGCAGAGACUACGAUAUCUGAAGAAAGCAACUGAAGCAUUGAAGGCAUUUUCAUCGACGAACAAAUGUUCAUCACUCUGUUUAACAGAUGAGUGUAGGAUUAAAAGAGGGCAUUUUUUCACUCUGUAGUGGUGGGCCUUAGUACAUGAAGGGCAAAGUCAUACAGCAUCUUCCAAAAGAACUUGAUGCAUGAAACCAAAGAAUGUGGUUUUGUCUUUGUGCGAAUGACGUUGGUUUCUUAACACAAUAAAUUCAUUGCAUCAAUGCACUGCAGAAAAGCGUUGUUGUAAAAUUACUUACCGGUAUAUGAAAUACAUAUCUCUCGAUCUCACAAUCGAGUAGAGUACCAGUGCUGCAGGUCUUUUAAAGCAAUCGAUAAUUGAUUUAUGUCAGUACAGUUAUUUCCCGUCAUUACAGUUUCUGUACUGAUACAAAUACACUUUGUUGGUGAUAAUAUAUUGGUAACGUAGUGACAGUACCAUUCAUGCCUUUUGGUUUCAAUUAAUGAAUUCUCUACACCAGAAAAUGAUUAGUUUGUGUUGAUCAAGUGCAAUAGGGAAUUUAUGAAGUAAUUUAAUGUCAUAUUUGUCUUUCUUCUAGAUUAUACAGUACAUGGUGGUGGUGAUAAUCUAAAAGGUAUAUUCCAUCAUAUUUAGGAUAGAUUAGAAUUUAGGAUGGAUUAGGAGUCAAUUAAUUCUUCAUAAAUCCAUCUUAAAUGACUCAAGUCAUUAUUUAUCAUAUGUUUAAGAAGAGUUGGAAGUGCAAAGCUUAGGUUGGAAGAGAAAUAUUACACAUAGGUUUUUUUUUGUCAUGCGAUCUCCUAAAUACAUGGGGUAUGUAUUUCAUCACCCCUCCCCCCCCCCCCUCAAAAGAGAGAGAGAGAGAGAGAGAGAGGGAGAGGGAGGGGAAACAAUUGAAUUGAAAUCAGUGGUUUUAUCUACUUUUCUAGGUCAGUAGUGUAACAAUUUCUUGCAUUCUGCAUUAAUUAGUUGAUCAAAGAUAUAUUUGCUCGUAAGAAAAUGCACUUAGUUACUUUUAGGCUUCACAGAUUUUUUUUUUCUCUUGCUAGAAAUUGCAGAUUUUUAUUUUCUCUUAACAUUCCGAAGAAACUUGAUUGAUGUAGGUGUGAGUGUAAUAGUAUGAUGUCAAUAUUAUUGUUUAAAACAAAUGAUUAAGACAGUAUUGUAGCUAAUAUUUUCCUUUAAGAACAUGCAUUCUUUGCUUAUUUGAAGAAAAAAAAAUAUCCAAAGAAUAUACGAAAUACCUUGUAUCCAGUUACAAUAUUUCAAAGCGUUGAAUUUUUAGACUUGUUUGCUUGGUUACUUGUAAGCAAAAUAAAUUGCUCAGUCCCUUUAAUAGCUCUCAUGUUCUAAAUAGACCUCAAUUAACAUGGCUCUAUAUAAAACAAAGAUAUGUGUAGCCCAUAUCCUAGCUUUACACACUUGCUUGGAGUAACAAUACAGUGCAAUUCCUGACUAAAGCUUUGUAUGGCAAACUGUAAAAUACAUUUAUGUAAUUUGUAUAUUUGGGAUGAGGUUUGUGUGUGAAAAAAACAUAGAAUACAUAUGUUGAUCAUGUAGUGAAAAAAAUUGUAAUAUAUUUCCAUUUUUCUAGUGUUAUUGAUUCUACUUGUAUUUCAGGAUGUACGUACAAUUUUACAUUAUCUGCAACAUGUAUUCAAGAUUAUAAGCCUUGUUAUAGUCCUUCAAAACUUUUCAUGUGACAUAUCAAUCAUCGUAUGAUAUAUUGUAACAUAUUCAUUCAGCAUAAUUAUGUGUGAACAUGUACAGCAAUUAUGUCAUAUCAUCUGUGUAGAGCCAGAAAGGCAGUAACUAUUUGUAAUUAUAUGAGUUAACCCCCUUCUGGCUGUAAAAUCUCUAUCCUUAUGAAGUUAACAAAGAUACAUCUUGAACUAGGGUAUUCAGGAAGUGAGUUUAUUUAUUCAACAUCUUGACGUUCCGUUUUGAGCACUUACAUUUCGUGCAUGUGUGUGUGUACUCCCUGCCGUAGCUGGCAGUAUAUACCUGCGGGAUAUUACACUGGCUCUAAAAGUUCAGGUGUUAUAUACUACCGGUAUUCAUUUCCACAGUUUAAUCACCAUUCAUUUCAAUUUCAUUUGAAAACCAGCAUACUGGUACUGAGCGAAUGCAGGUGUGUCCUUUUAAAUGAUAUUAAUGAGUACCAGCAUAUUCCUUUGGAAAUGUCAACAGUCUUAAGUGAUUUAUAUAUUUGGCGCUGUAUUCCACAGAUGUUUUGUAUCAAAUGAUAUGAAACCUUAUACAUUGUUUAUUCAAUCCAUGGAAUCUCAAGUAUCAUUCCCUUGUGAAAUACAUGCAUACACUUUAAUAUCUGACUAUAUAACCGAGUAAUAUAAUAGUACAUUGCUGGGUGCCAGGUAAAAAUAUCAGAGGAAAAAAUGGCAGAGGUCAAAAUGGCAGAGGUCAAAAUGUCAGAGGUAAAAAUGUCAGAGGUAAAAUGUCAGAGGUAAAAAUGUCAGAGGUAAAAAUGUUAGAGGUAAAAAUGUCAGAGGAAAAAAUGUCAGAGGAAAAAAUGUCAGAGGUAAUGAAGGUAGAAAUGAUGAUUGUAUUGAUAGCAAAAUUAGAGGGUUAAAAAGCACCUUUAGUUUUGAAGUGGUAACCCGAUUUAUCUAGGACUAACUACAUUGGACUUCAGGGAUUGUAUUCCUUGCAACUGAUUUGAUAUAUAACAUGCACUUUAGUAUUUAUAAUAUUUUCAAAAAUAUAUGAGCUUCUCACAUAUGUUUAAUAGAUUAGAUAAAUAACUUUUUAGGAGUGGAAAAGAGAGAAACACAUAUUUGUGUUUGGUGCCGGACAAGAUAUUGGUAUUUGGAAAGCAUGCACAUUUAUAAAGAGCAUUUAUUCAUGGUGCCUAGAUGUUUUCAGUUUGCAUAUCGACAGUUCUUUUAAUUUGAAACUGGUAACAGAAAUACUUUGUCUUAAUACCUUGAGCUGUAAAGUACUUUUAAAACAGUACAACUCCCUGGGUAUAAACAUUAUGUGCACCCUCUCCACCCUUCUGCAUUGUAUUCAUGCAUUGUUGUCAUGAAGGGCCAGUAUAGUUACCCAUCUAAUAUGAAAUUCAUUGUACUAGUAACCUGUAAUGAUAUAGAAAUUAUUAUUAUUAUUUUUUUUUUUACUGGGGGCCAUAUAAUCAUCACUAAGAUCUAGAUUUAUGAAUGACCGUGUGAGGAUGUGCUCAAUAAAUAGAUCUAUGUAGAAUAAUAAAUACAAAAACUUGAA